AUGACUGGCCCCACCACGUCGAGGUCGUCGGGUGAAUGGUCCUGGCGAGGCCGCGGCAAGCCACGCCCCGUGGCUCCGGGUUUGGUCGAUCGCUACGGCGACCGGGCCGGUGACAGAGGCGACCGCGGCCGCUCCAGUGAGGCUUCCUGGGAGACCUCGGAUUGGAAGGCGAAGAAGUCCUCGUGGCCUUCAGCCAGGUGGGAGUCAGCUGUCAAACACAGACACAAGGAGUCGUGGCCGACCCUCUGGGGAUGGUGGAGUCGAUCGUCCGGCGGCUGGUAUGGGCGUUCGGCCACUCAAGGACGUGAACAACAGAAGGAGCCCGCAAGAGAAGCAGCACGCUCUUUCGAUGGUGUUGGCCCCUGGGAUCGGCGCAACUACGACUCCCACGAAAGAGGCCGAGAGAGUCGCCGGUUGACCUGGCCUGGGUCCUACAUGCCUUUUGCCCCCUACCUGGACCUGCUUUCGCGGAGGCGGCGUGCUCAGUCCUCCCUGGAGGCGGUCCCAUGCCUCGGCGACGAGACCGUCCUAGAAAGAUGGCAGGAGCACAUCGAGGCCUCCCCGGACCCAGAGGGAGAAGCGAAACGCAUUCACUGGCUUACCAGCCGCCUGCACAUGCAAGGCUUCAACAGGGUCGAAGAUGUUUUGCCCUUUGACGAGGUGCAGUCGCUUGCGCCUGCCGAAGGAGCCGACCACCUGGAAGCCGACCUCCUCGAAAUAGCGAAAAGAGAGGUCGCCGACAGUACGACAGAGUUUGCCUCUGCGGAAGCACUGGAUGCGACAGAGGCAAGAUACUUGUGUGCUCUUGCCGAAGACCAAGGUCCUGGUGACAUGAACGUGCUAGUCAAACUGAACUCACUGGGGAAAGAAAACCUGCGCACUUCCACAUUGACGAUGUUGCUGACGCAGUUCCACGGAUUGAAGCUGUCGAAGCUCUCACCCAUGACCACUCCCGUGAAAUUAGGGAACUUCGGGAAGAAGUUCGAGGACUCAGAUCCAGGUCUUGACUUGCUUGUCCCUGACAGGGAUACGUGGCAUGCCAGAGGACUUAGCACGAAGAUUGAUUUCAUGUUCUUUCGAGCACCAGGGAUGGACUUUCAGCUGACCGUUCGGGAUGAUUUGACCCGUCGCUGCGGGAAAUGGAUGGCACCGGAGGUCAUUGAAUCUAUUGCAAAGCAAGCUAGUUUCCGUCCUCCGAAUCUCCGCUACCAGGAUGGUCCUGACAUUCGGGCGUUUGAAGUCUUUCGCGGUCCCCUUGAUCCGGACUGCUGGGAGCUCGCCGCCUCAAAUCGAGAUGCAUGGAAGCAACUUGAAUCCAAGUGGAUCUCCAAGUGGAUUUCCCCAAUUAAUACUGCAUGCAGUUCAACAGACCUCAUGAACAUGCAAUUGCUUGUCCUGAAUGCGAAGCUGUGCGUGCUGCGUCCGGUUCGGGAGGAGCUUUUUGAGAAACCUUACUCGCAAGCCCUCCUCCAGGUCAAGGAAGCCAACCGCCUGUCAGUGCAAAGGGCACUACUCGUCAGAUUCGAACAGGACCAAGGAGUGUCAGUGCUCCUGCUCAUGGGAACCUUCGCACCGCACAGAGUGACAUUGGUGCAGCAGCCGCCUCAGGAACAGGACCUCUUAGGAAACGUUGCGCGAGGACUCUUGGUUGUGUGGCACCUUGCGAAGCUCCUGUUUGACGAUGACCCCCUGCACAAGCCCGCCAUUUUCCUGCCCCAGGUUAUGCUCCAACACCCAUUGUUUACAGGAGUCGUGAAUUCAUCUCCCGCGAGGAACUUGAUGUACCGCCUCGGUCAACUAGACAUACUCGACUUCGUGCAGGUUCUCCCCUCCAAGCUUCCCCCCAAGUACGAAGCUCUCCUACAGUACAUCCUGGCCAACGAACUUUCUGCAGGGAAGUUACAGCAAGGACUGGAUGACACUCAGGAUGUCAUGAACUUGCUUCGCCAUGAUCUGAGGACGCAUACGGACAUGCUUGCACAAUGCGUCUCCUCGGAGUUGGGAAUUUUCGGGGCUAAGGCUUCGCCAGGGGACAUUUUUAAUUUGUGUAGCAUUCUUCCUCCGAUUGCCCCUUGGGAGGAUGAUCCCCUGGAGGACAACCCGGACUUGCAUUUACUGGCUUUUGCGGCCACCAACAUACUCCGAGCCUCAUGA